GUAGCGAAUGUGUAGUGCAAAUUAUCGAAAAUUGGUGAAAAAAAUGCCUAAUCUAACUUUAUUUGAUGAAAUAUCUCAAAAAACCUAUAUUUUACAAGUAUCGGAGGAGGAAUAUGCGAGAGCUAAUAAAGAUAUGCUGUUCGCAACGCGUCUUUUACAAGAAAAAUUAAAUGCUAACCAAACUGGGAAAGUUAAUGAACCAGGUAAUGAUAACUAUAAAUGUUCUACUUCUACGUCUUCUUCCGAUGAUAAAUAUAAUAUACAUGAUAAGGAGAAAGCCCAAGAAAGUUCUGACUUUGAGGAAAAAGUUACAGAUAGCUUUCGUUGGGCUCAUGAAGUGAUCUUAUUACUGUUAACAAUUUACAAAGAACAUGAAGAUAAAAUGACAUCUGGUAAAGUGUCUGUCAAAAAGUUUUGGAAUAUGAUAUCAAGUCUCUUAAUCGAAAAAGGUCACCAUAUUACUGGUACUCAAUGCAAAAGUAAAAUGGCUGGAUUGAAAAAUACUUAUAAAAAUGUCAAAGAUCACAAUGCAAAGAGCGGUAAUAACACCCGGACAUGGCGAUAUUUUGAUGUAAGUAUGUACAAUGUAUUUUAUUCAACACGUAUUUUUAUGCUUUUAAUAAAAUUAUUAGGUGUCCUACUUAUGGAUGAAAUGUUCAACAAAAAACCAUGGAUGGCUCCAGUUUCUACGUUAGAUACUGCUAAUCCAAUUCCAGUUUUUUCUGAGGAACAUGAUGAAAAUAAUGUCCUAUCCGCAACAAAAACAGAAUUGCCUAUUAAACGUAAAAACAAUAUUAAUACUGUUAUGUAUUCAAUGUAUCAUUGUUUAUUGCAAAAUAUUACAAUUAUAGGAAAAAGACGUACUGUAUUGGAACAAAUGUUUGAAGAAAAUAUAACUAUACGAAAAAAGAUGCAUGAAGAAGCAAUGGCACGACAAGAUAAACUGCUUGACAUUUUAAGUAAGGUACUUGAGAAGUAAUACGUGGUAUAAGUUGUCAAAAGAAGAUAAUACAAAAGAAGAUAAUUUUUCUUUAUAAGGAUUGUUAAAAUGUUAUGUUUCUAAGAAAACUUGUCUGUGAUUAGCAGAGGUGUGAUUAUUUAAAAAGAAAAACUUUUCUUUAUAUUGGUGAAGAAACAAUAGUUUAAUUUUGUUAUACCGUCAGUUUUUAUUAGAUAUCAGAUAUUAUCAUAGGUGAUAAUAUAUG